AUGUUUUUCGUUGAUUCCAGCGUCGUGGCUCCAGAUUUGCGUGGAUAUGGCCUUACUACGAAGCCCAAAAACCCAGAAGACUACAUGAUGACAAAUGUGAUAGAAGAUCUGAGAGAAUUCAUCCAAAUUUUGACGAUGGCGACCAAGAGAGAUAUUAUCCUUGUCGGACACGACUGGGGUGGAAUGGCUGCCUUGUGCUUCGCAACCAUGCAUGAAAAGUUAAUAGACGGUCUCAUCAUCAUCAAUGGAGUGCACCCAAUGGCCUUUUAUAAGCAGCAGGAGCGAAGCCUGGCACAAAUAAGGAAGAGCUGGUAUAUGCGGCCAUUUCAGCACCCUGAUAUCCCUGAGAAGUACAUCAUGAUGAAGGAUUUCGCUGUCUUUGAGAAGAUGCACAAAGGAUUCACCUUAGAGGAGGAAGAGGCCCACAAGUACAUGUUCUCCCGAAACGAUUUGGCAAAUAGAGGCGCGAGCACCGUGGUCAAUCAGGUGCGCAACUACGCUCCCCAAGGAGAGCAUAUACAGUAA